AUGAAGCCACUCACGAAGACCCUCACGCCGACCGCAGAUGGGAACAUUUCACGUAAAAGGGGCAUCAGGGAUGAGAUCACACAGUGCGGGAACGAGAUUCAUGUCAUCGAGGGCCUCCGUCGCAGAAUCACGCAAUUUCUGGAGAUCGAGGUGAAGGAUGUCAUUGCCAUUUCGCCCUGGCAAGAGGGUCGGUCCGAAAAGGUCACGUCUUCUGAUUGA